AUGUUAGAUAAUACGACAACCUAUCAACUUGAAAGUGUCUGUCCGCCACAAGCUUCCCGGGGACCUGAUGGACCCUUCUACAAAUGGUUAGCGCUUGGCUAUGCCUUCCUAUUCAUACUCGCAUUAACGGCAAACUUACGAGUACUUUUCAAACUUUUUCAUUAUUCUCGUCGACGUUUUCGUGAUCAUAUUCUUUUGUUGAAUCUCUGUGCUGCUGACCUCUUUGUCACACUUGUUUAUAUUCCCAGUGAAAUCUACGCUUAUACUAUCGGUCGAUGGCAUAAUGAUGAAGUAUGUAAAAUCCUUGCAGCACUUAAAGGUCUCGGAAUCUAUGUCUCCUCGUGUGCAAUUAUUGGCAUAUCUCUUGAUCGUUAUCUUGCUAUUGUACAUCCAUUAACAGUUUAUCAAUCUAAUAAACGAAAUAAACUCUUCGUUGUUGGAUCAUGGGUCAUAUCGGUGAUAGCUUGUGUACCACAGUUAAUUAUUUUCAAACGACUGGUUAAUGAAGAGAUCUGUCGUGAAAUGUGUGGAGACGUACUCUCAUCUGAUUUAGCUAAACGGUUAGCUUAUAAUAUUGCAGUAACGAUCUUUUCAUACAUCGCACCAUUAAUUGUCAUUUUUUAUUCGUAUUUUCGUAUUCUAUACGUUCUACAAAGGCGUUGUGACCGACGAACAUUUCGUUUCGUUAAUAGUCGUACAGAUAGCCGACGUAGUUACGAUGGUUAUCAAGGAAAUCACUCAGUUCGAUCUCUGUAUAAGAAAUAUUCUGCCAAUGAAAAGCAUACAAGUGAAAUCGACAAGAUAACGAAACAAUCUCCUCCUCAAGAAGAUAUGAACACACAUAACAUGAGAACGAUAACACGAGCAAAAUUGAAAACAUUGAAACUAACUGCUCUGAUCGUUAUUUGUUUCAUUCUUUGUUGGACACCGUAUUAUUGCAUAGUUUUCUUUCUUCUCAUAACUGAUGAUGGCAUUCAUCAAGAGACUUCCGCAAAUCUGAUGACGAAUUCUACUCAAAUUAUAUCUAACACUUCCAUUGGAUAUGAUCAACCAUCAAGCGAUGAACGUUCAUUAUUAAUAGUUAUGAUGCUUGCUGUGUCCAAUUCGGUUUUGGAUCCAUUAAUCUAUGGUUGCUAUCUAGUCAAACCAAUCAAAUCGACAUGUUUGUGUCCAAUGCGAAGUCGAAAUCAAACGAAAACAUUUCAGCGUGCAGCUAAUCUUCUACCUUGUAACAAGAAUCCGAAAUCAUCCAUCGUUCGAGCAACUAGUACUCAGAUGAAAAAUUCGAAACGUGCGGGGGCAAUCGAAUGUGAACUAUAA